AUGAAAGUCACAGCCACAAUCCUGACGACCGCUAUACUGGCAGGCAGCUCUCUCGCUGCCCCUCGCAGCGGCCUAAUUGAUCGCCUGCAGGCCCGUGGCGCUCUGUCACGCCAGUCACUACCCGCCGAAAAGAAGGGUGUUUUGCUCAAGGAAGGAACCCAAGGAGCCAAAGUCCAAUAUAGCAAGAACUGGGCUGGGGUGGUACGCGAGAAGCCACCCCCAAGUGCCACCUACACCGCUGUGUCUGCAACAUUCACUGUCCCCGAGCCAACGGCCACCGAUGACUCUGGCGAAAUGCAGGCUGUGUCUGCCUGGGUCGGUAUUGAUGGCGACACUUACACCAAAGCCAUUCUGCAGACUGGUAUUGAUGCCUAUAUCCAGAAUGGCAAACAGACAUUUGACGCCUGGUACGAGUGGUAUCCAUUGAGCGCGGAGAACUUUGACCUGGAAUUGUCCGCAGGCGAUGUUGUUGUCGCCAAAGUCGAGUCAUAUUCGUCCAGCAAGGGUGUUGCCAUCGUCGAGAAUCAGUCGAGCGGCCAGAGUGUGACUAAGACCCUGACUGCACCUUCCACCUCCGCUACUCUCGGUGGUCAAAAUGCCGAAUGGAUAGUUGAGGACUUCAACGUCGGUAAUGGUAUGGUUCCAUUGGUCAACUUUGGCAAGGUUGACUUUACCGGUGCACAAGCUUUGGCCGGUGGUGUCAAGUAUGGCGUGAAAGACGAAGCCAUUCUAGAUAUCCAGCAGAAUGGUGACGUGAAGGCUCAUGUGGAAGUCAUAAGUGACACCGAGUUCUCUGUUACCUAUCAGUAA